AUGCUGUUCCAAAGACAACUGCUACGUACAGUGGCCACCGCCGCCACCAAGCAAUUCAAACCACCAGUCCAAUUAUUCGGCUUGGAGGGAACAUACGCAACUGCACUAUUCAAGGCUUCCUACAUGGAAUCCUCCAUCGAAUCCACCACCAAGGGGAUCAAUUUGAUCAACGACAAGGUCGCAAAGGACCCCAAGUUGCAAAGCGUGUUGAAUAACCCGGUAUUGUCCAAGAAUGAUAGAAAUUUAGUCGUCGAUGCAUUGUUGAAGGAAAAUGGGUUGACUGGCGAUAAACAGAUCAAGAAUUUCUUGCUCGUUGUCGCGGAAAAUAAUAGAUUGAGCUCUUUGAAUUUGAUUUGUCAACAGUAUAAUAAGUUGAAUGAUGCCUUUAAGGGAAUCGUUCAUGGUAAUGUGAUAACGAGGGAAAAAUUGGAUGAUAAAUCUUUCAAGAAAUUGGAAAAAGCCAUCAUGCAAUCAAAAUUCAUCUCCAAUGGGAAAUCUUUACAAUUGACUAAUUUGGUUAGACCGGAAAUUAAAGGUGGGUUGAUCGUGGAAAUUGAUGAUAAGACCGUGGAUUUGAGCAUUGCUACCAAGAUUCAAAACUUGAAUAAAGUAUUGCAGGAGUCCAUUUGA